AUCGGAAGCUAGUUUGCUGCUGAGUGACGGUGGCGGUAAUGUUGUGGAGUUUAUUCUGUUUCUAGUCUAUUUCAGGAAGGAGAUAGGAAAGGAAGCCACGGCCUCCUGGCACUGAAAGGAUUGCAAACAUUAACGCCAGGAGCACUGAUAAUAGGCGGUACCACGGAAACGGAGAACUGUUGAAAGGGAGAAUAAUCUGCAUGCAAGGUUUUUGGCUGGGGUCAUGGGAUUUAUUAAACUGCGGGACCAACCUUUGUUGGUCCAGGCUAUAUUUAAUGGGGAUCCUGAAGAAGUUCGUGCACUAAUAUUUAAGAAAGAGGAUGUUAAUUUUCAGGAUAACGAGAAAAGAACUCCUCUACAUGCUGCUGCCUACCUAGGAGAUGCUGAAAUUAUCGAGCUACUUAUCUUGUCAGGAGCUAGAGUUAAUGCCAAAGAUAACAAAUGGUUGACCCCUUUGCAUAGAGCUGUUGCUUCUUGCAGUGAGGAGGCUGUUCAGGUAUUAUUAAAACAUUCUGCAGAUGUAAAUGCCCGUGACAAGAACUGGCAAACACCGCUACACAUAGCCGCUGCAAGCAAAGCUGUAAAGUGUGCUGAAGCCUUAGUACCUCUUCUAAGCAAUGUGAAUGUUUCUGAUCGAGCAGGGAGAACGGCAUUACACCAUGCAGCCUUUAGUGGACAUGCAGAGAUGGUGUGGUUACUUUUAUCUAGAGGUGCCAACAUUAAUGCCUUUGAUAAAAAAGACAGGCGAGCAUUGCAUUGGGCUGCAUACAAGGGACAUAUUGAGGUUGUAAAGAUGCUGGUAACACAUGGAGCAGAGGUGACCUGCAAAGACAAGAAGGGUUACAGUCCUUUACAUGCUGCGGCUUCAAAUGGAAUGAUCAAUGUUGUCAAGUAUCUUCUCGACCUUGGAGUUGAUAUUAAUGAACCAAACGCUUACGGAAAUACACCUUUACACGUGGCCUGUUACAAUGGUCAAGAUGCAGUAGUGAAUGAACUUUUAGAAACUGGUGCUAAUGUUAACCAAGUCAAUGAGAAAGGCUUUACCCCUUUGCACUUUGCAGCUGCAUCAGCUCAUGGAGCACUGUGUUUAGAACUUCUCGUCACUAAUGGAGCAGAUGUAAAUAUUAAGAGUAAAGAUGCAAAAACACCACUACACAUGACAGCAGUUCAUGGAAGAUUUUCCAGGUCGCAAAUCAUUAUCCAGAAUGGUGCUGAGAUAGAUUGCGAAGAUAUGAACUUAAAUACUCCAUUACAUGUAGCAGCUCGUUAUGGUCAUGAGUUGCUCAUCAACACACUAAUCUCCAGUGGAGCUGAUACUGCAAAACGGGGUGUUUAUGGAAUGUUCCCACUACAUUUUGCAGCCUUGAGUGGUUUUUCAGAUUGCUGUAGGAAACUUCUUUCAUCAGGUUUCGACACAGACACCCCAGAUGCUUUUGGCAGAACUUGUCUUCAUGCGGCUGCAGCUGGAGGGAACUUAGAGUGCCUGAAUCUUCUGCUCAACAGUGGCUCAGAUUUCAACAAAAAAGACCUAACUGGGAGGACUCCAUUGCACUAUGCUGCUGCCAACUGUAACUACCAGUGCCUGUUUGCUCUUGUGGGUUCUGGAGCUAGCGUGAAUGACCUUGAUGAAAGAGGUUGCACACCACUCCAUUAUGCAGCUGCUUCUGACACAGACGGCAAGUGCCUGGAAUAUCUACUUCGAAAUGAUGCAAAUCCAGGGAUUCGAGACAAGCAGGGCUAUAAUGCAGUGCAUUAUGCUGCUGCAAAUGGUCAUCGUUUAUGCCUUGAACUAGCUUACCAUGGUCAUCAUCAAGCUCUGGAAGUAUUAGUACAGUCCCUCCUGAAUCUUGAAGUACGAGACUCUAAGGGGCGAACCCCUUUAGACCUUGCAGCUUUUAAAGGGCAUGUAGAAUGUGUUGAUGUUCUAAUCAAUCAGGGAGCAUCUAUCCUGGUGAAGGACUAUGUUCUAAAGAGAACCCCCAUCCACGCAGCAGCCUCAAAUGGCCAUUCAGAAUGCUUGCGGCUUCUAAUAGGCAAUGCAGAUCUUCCAACGGCAGUGGACAUUCAAGAUGGAAAUGGACAGACUCCACUGAUGCUGGCUGUUCUUAAUGGACACACAGACUGUGUUUACUCACUCCUGAAUAAAGGAGCUCAUGUAGAUGCCAAAGAUAAGUGGGGGAGGACCGCACUGCAUAGAGGAGCAGUAACGGGACACGAAGAGUGUGUUGAGGCAUUGCUGCAGCACAACGCUAAUUUUUUGUUGCGAGACUCCAAGGGACGGGCACCAAUACACUUAGCAGCUGCUUGUGGACAUAUUGGUAUACUGGGUGCCCUUUUGCAGGCAGCAGCAUCUCUAGAUGUUAUACCUGGUGUAACUGACAAUCAUGGGUAUACUCCUCUUCACUGGGCCUGUUAUAAUGGUCACGAUACUUGUGUAGAGCUUCUUCUGGAACAGGAGAUUUUUCAGAAAAUGGAAGGAAAUUCCUUCACUCCAUUGCACUGUGCUGUUAUAAAUGACAAUGAAGGCUCUGCAGAAAUGUUAAUAGACACAUUAGGUGACAGCUUAGUAAACUCAACAGACUCGAAAGGAAGAACCCCUCUUCAUGCAGCAGCUUUUACAGAUCAUGUAGAGUGUUUACAGCUUUUGCUAAGCCAUGGUGCCCAAGUAAAUGCUGUAGAUUCAGCGGGGAUGACACCAUUAAUGAUGGCUGCUGAAAAUGGGCAAACCAAUGCAGUUGAAGUGUUGGUUAGCAGUGCAAAAGCUGAUCUCACCCUGCAGGAUAAAAACAAAAACACAGCACUUCAUCUGGCUUGCAGCAAGGGACAUGAAACCAGUGCCUUGUUAAUUUUGGAAAAGAUUACUGAUAGGAACCUCAUCAAUGCAACAAAUGGUGCAUUGCAGACGCCUCUGCAUGUUGCUGCUCGCAAUGGACUAACACUAGUUGUUCAGGAACUAUUAGGAAAAGGAGCAAGUGUACUUGCUGUAGAUGAAAAUGGUUAUACGCCAGCCUUGGCUUGUGCUCCAAAUAAAGAUGUAGCUGACUGUCUAGCUCUCAUCCUGGCUUCCAUGAUGCCUAUAUCUCCCAGCAGCACUUUGCCUUCCCUCUCUUUCAAUGCUGUUAAUCAUUAUACCAGCACAUCAAAGACUGUCACUUUUGAAUCCUUACCAAUUGUGAGAAGUGAGCAUAGUUCUUACUGCAGUUUUAACAAUAUCGGCAGGGAAGAUGGGUACCUAUAUACAGAGGAUGAGGAACUUAAUGACUCAGAUUCUGAGACUUACUGAUCAUGUUCAUGGGACUUAGAUGGGCAAAGUUACAUCGCUAGAAACCAGGCAAUGCACUUUGGGAGAGCAGUUUUUGGCUGAAAAAAGAAGCCAGCCUGAAGAGUUUAGGAUCAUAGGCUUUGUGGAAUGAUUUUGGUACAGCCUGAAUAUGUGCUUCAAAGUAAUGGUCUCAGAAACCGGUAAGAGGAACAUCUACCUAGUUUGCGUCAUAUUUUUGGAAACUGCUGUCUGAAAUAAGAUGAUGCCAGUCUGUUUUAUGUUGCUGUAUGUUAUGUUCACAGUGCCAAGGUUUUUAUAGCCAUGCACUUUACAGAAUUCAUAAGGCUAAAUAACACUAAUGUACAGUUAAUAAAACUGGUGAACAGCAUUGAAACUUACUGGUAGGCAAUAAACCUCUUUGGGACAGCAACCUUUCUGUGCACAACGGAUUGCCAAAGGACCAAACAAUUAUUAUUAUUAUUAUUUUUUUUAAUUCAAGAAACGUAUGUAUUUAACAACUGGAAGAGAUACAGGCCAACUCAAACCGAAAUGUUUAUCAGCCAGUCCUCAAGUAUUAAUGAAAACAAGGCUUAAGCUGGUGUAUAUAUGUUGACUUCCAGAUCCAUGAAAACUGGCAUGUCUACAGUUAAUACUCUGUGAAAAAAAUAAAUGUAUUUUUGAGAGAAAACAGUAAUGGGUUUGUUGUACUUUUUUAGACAUUGAAUAAGAACCAGCUAACCAGGUGCAGUCAGGGUGAAAAUGUAUAAAGUUCUGAACUGAGGGUUAGCAUUAGUUUUUUCUGCCACUAGCAUUCGUUUUAAAUUUCAUUUCUGUGCUGAGGUAUACUCUUUUAAAUGUCAAUGUUAUUUCCCAUACCAGGGACAGCUUGAGUAAAAAAAAAUCUAUAUUUUAUGUCAUUGCCACUUGUUGGUUGUUAAUAGCACUCAGAUGUUGGAAACUGUGAUUUCCACAAAUUGUGUCUGUAUGUUUUCUCACUGUUUGUGCAAUUAAUUUUGUGCCUUUAUGUUUUCUUAUCCUAGUCUUGAUUAUGCCAGCACUGCUCUUUUUGUUCAUAGCUAAUGGAAAUGUGCACUGUUAGGUCUUUUACAGAUGUUUUAUUUAGGCACUGUAAGGCACCUAGAACAUUGUGAAGUUUUAAGCUCAUCUGAAGAUUUAUAAACCAAUGAUUUUUCUGUAUAAAAAUGGAAAAAUAUUUUUUUUUCUAAGUUGCCUUUGCAUUGAAAGGUCAUGUAUUUCCAGAAAUGUAAAUGGAGUAAAAGCAUAGCACAGUGCUGAAAAGUAAUUUUAAGAACCCCUGUUAUUUCCCUUGAGAAUUUAAGGCCAUUUUAAAAUGUUAGGAAAAAAAGAACUGUUGUGAAGUCUGACCUUUUUGUCCUCUUAAACUGUAGAUAAGAACUGGUUGUUUAGCAUAAAGGUUACUCUUUUUACAGAUGGGUAGAAACAUUAUACCACAGGCAGGAAAAAAUAGCCUUGCAUACUUAGAUUGUAUACAUAAAGAAUGAAGAGCUGUAUUUUUUCUUUUCCAUUUAUUCUUUGUAUUUUGAAAACUGGAUGACAAACUGAAUGGUAAAUGCUCAGCUGGUUUUCUGAACAUUGUUGAAAAAAAGAACAGCGUUUUAAUCUGUUCAUUGGUUUUUAUGGGAAGAUUUAAUAUUAGCAUGUAUAUAAAAAUUGAAAAUGCUUGAAUUUCUGUACUUAACCUGCACUCUUUCAAUACAUCUGAGAUUCCUGUAUAUUUUACAGAUUGUAAUAAAACCCCAAUGUGAGCCAGCCAGA